AUGGCCGAGCCGAUGGUCGACGGGUAUUGGUAUGUCAAGCCGGAGGAGCGUGAAGCCAAUGCAGAAGAAGUCAGGAUCCAGAAAGCCAUAGAAAAGGCGAAAGAAAAGCACAAAAAAAUCGUCUACAUUGGGUUUGGCUCGAUUAUCGUUCCGGAUCCUAAAGAAAUGACCGAUGCUAUUAUCGGGGCGGUUCAAGACUCCAACGUAUUCGCUAUCAUAUCAGGAGGAUGGACGGCCGGUGCGGCAGAGGGUGCGGUAAAAGGCGCAACAGAGGGUGCGACCAGGGGUGCAACAAAGGUUACGACGGAAGGUCCAACAGAGGCCGCAAAAGAGGUUUUCAAACAGGCUGAAAACGAUGAAGAAGAUUCAGCUUACAUGCAGCGCGAAAUCAGAAAGUUGUCUGGUUCAAUGCUCUACGUGGACUCAGUUGCCCAUGACUGGCUAUUUCCACAAAUCUCUGCAGCUUUACAUCACGGCGGCGCAGGCACAACAGCUGCAAGCAUCCGAGCUGGAAUCCCCACAUUGAUCAAGCCAUUCUUUGGGGAUCAGACUUUCUGGGCACAGAGGGUGGAAGAGCUCUGCGUUGGCGCACAUGUCAAACGUCUCGAGAGAAAAGAUAUUUCUGCCGCGCUUAUCGAUGCCACAUCGGAAAAACAUACGAUGGGUAAAGAAGCCAGGGCCCUAGGGCUCAAAGUCUCCAGUGAAGAUGGCGUGGGUGAAGCUAUUAAGAUAAUCUUUGAAGAAAAUUUCAUGAACGCGGCGACUUCCGUAAUCAAAGAAACCCGGAAGUCCAAGCUGAAGAAAGAGCCUCCAGCUCAAGAAAAAGUCUCCAUCCACGAAAUUUUCAUCAAAGACCCCGAAUGA